ACAAGCGCUGGGGGCACAGUCCCCGCGCUCGGCUCAUUGUUCCCUCCCUUCCUCCCUCACUUCGCGCUGGGGCUGAGGGCUGCCAGGCAGAGGAGGUGGGGGCGUCCGGACUCAGAGUGACAAAAUGCAAGCAUUUCCUUUCCUCUGGCCGCGCGUCCACUUCUGACAGCGGGGGAGAAAAAAAAAAUCUCAAAACAAAAAACUCUAAACUGGGUCUGCAGAACGCCCAGGCGACCCACGUUCUCAGGACUCCUAAGCUGAACCUUUCCCAAGCCAGCUCCAGCGCCUCUUCUUGCUCUGGCUUUGACUUUUCUCCUUGGGGAGUCUAGCAGAGAAUCCAAUACUUUUGGCAUCACCCCCCACCCCGGAAAAUACUGGCAGACCCCAAUAAUUUCGAGGAAAGUCUUGAAGUCUUUCAUGAGCGGAGCUCUGAGAGAAAUAACUCCGGCGUUAUUUUUGCCUGCCCUGCGUUUUUAUUACCAAUUUAUUUCAAGAGUCCAGUUUGGGAAGAGAGGCUGGAAGGCGAAGGAGUGAAAAGAACACAGGACGUAAAGCCGGCGGUCCGGAGCUGCAGCCUGCAUCUGUGUGCAUGUGCCCUGGGUGUGUGGUGUUAGUGCCUGGGCGUGCGAAUUCAUGGAGCGCCUUUCUGCCUCUCCAGUGCGGCCAGAGCUCGCUUCGCGCACCCACCCCUGCCGAGGAGCCUACUUGCUGCAGCCCAAUGCAUUGUGUAAGACGCGACCUGUUAUGGCCACCACUACUUCCGGGUUCUAGCAUUCUGGUCGGAAUCCACCUCUCCGCCUGUGCAACACACACUUUACACACGCACGGCGACUGCAAGCGGGCAGCAUCGAUCGUGGCUCCUUUAAGACAAACUCAGACAGACAUUUUUUUAACCCUCCUCUCUAAUCUCCCUCCAGUGCUGCAGUUGCAAAGAAGGAGAGAGAAAGAGAAAGAGAGCGAGAGAAGAGAGAAACUGAUUAGGAAUUAGGACUGAUUCAAGGGAAGCAGGCGCUAGGGCUUUGUGCAUUUGAAUAUUAACAUUUGAGGUGUUCUGACCAGAAGAAGACAGAGCGGAUGAUCAUUCAUUCACCACGUUGACAACCUCGCCUGUGAUUGACAGCUGGAGUGGCAGAAAGCCAUGAGAUUUGGUAGUUGGGUCUGAGGGGCGCUCUUUUUUUUUUUUUUUUUUUUUUUAACUGAUUUUUUUUUUGGGGGGGGAGAGAAGAUCUGCUUUUUUUUUUUUCCCCCGCUGCUGUCUUGGAACCGGAGCGCUUUUAUGCUCAGCGACGCGGGCGCCUUGCUUCAGGUCCGGUAGACCGAAGAUCUGGGACCAGUAACUCACAUUGCUGGAGACGCAAAGGGAUUUUAUUUCUUCCUUUUCUUUUUUUUUCCGUGCUUCAUUUUUUUUUUUCCGAGGGAGUCUGCAUAUUUGUUUCUUUUCACACUGGCCUUAAAGAGGAUAUAUUAGAAGUUGAGUAGGAAGGGAAGCCAGAGAGGCCGAUGGCGCAAAGGUACGACGACCUACCCCAUUAUGGGGGCAUGGAUGGAGUAGGCAUCCCUUCCACGAUGUAUGGGGACCCGCAUGCAGCCAGGUCCAUGCAGCCGGUCCACCACCUGAACCACGGGCCUCCUCUACACUCACAUCAGUACCCGCACACAGCGCAUACCAACGCCAUGGCCCCCAGCAUGGGCUCCUCAGUCAAUGACGCUUUAAAGAGAGAUAAAGAUGCCAUUUAUGGACACCCCCUCUUCCCUCUCUUAGCACUGAUUUUUGAGAAAUGUGAAUUAGCUACUUGUACCCCCCGCGAGCCGGGGGUGGCGGGCGGGGACGUCUGCUCGUCAGAGUCUUUCAAUGAAGAUAUAGCCGUGUUCGCCAAACAGAUUCGCGCAGAAAAACCUCUAUUCUCUUCUAAUCCAGAACUGGAUAACUUGAUGAUUCAAGCCAUACAAGUAUUAAGGUUUCAUCUGUUGGAAUUAGAGAAGGUACACGAAUUAUGUGACAAUUUCUGCCACCGGUAUAUUAGCUGUUUGAAAGGGAAAAUGCCUAUCGAUUUGGUGAUAGAUGACAGAGAAGGAGGAUCAAAAUCAGACAGUGAAGAUGUGACAAGAUCAGCAAAUCUAACUGACCAGCCCUCUUGGAAUAGAGAUCACGAUGACACGGCAUCCACUCGUUCAGGAGGAACCCCGGGCCCUUCCAGCGGUGGCCACACUUCACACAGUGGGGAUAACAGCAGUGAGCAAGGUGAUGGCUUGGACAACAGUGUAGCUUCCCCCAGCACAGGUGACGAUGAUGACCCUGAUAAGGACAAAAAGCGUCACAAAAAGCGUGGCAUCUUUCCCAAAGUAGCCACCAAUAUCAUGAGGGCGUGGCUGUUCCAGCAUCUAACACACCCUUACCCUUCUGAAGAACAGAAGAAACAGUUGGCACAAGACACAGGACUUACCAUCCUUCAAGUGAACAAUUGGUUUAUUAAUGCCCGGAGAAGAAUAGUGCAGCCCA